AUGCAAAUUCAAAAAAUUAAUUAUUGGUUUUUCAUUUUUAUAUGGUCGAUAAAUGUGAGUUUUGGCGUACAACUUAGUUGUGAUUCUCCCAUAUAUUGUUAUGGCCCAAUUCUUGAAAAAAUUCAAUUAUCUGGUUUAUUUAAUGAUUCAAAAACUUUCGUUGAUAUGCCAACAAAGAAACCACUCAAAGAAGUUCUUGAUGCAGCGUCAAAACUCGAUCAAAAUGCAUCUAAAUCUGUACUACAAGACUUUGUCAACACAUAUUUUGAUAAGGAGGAUAAAGAAUUAACUCAAACAGAAAUUCCCAAUUUUAACCCAUCUCCAUCUUUCCUUCAAAAAAUUAAACAACCAAUUAUUCGUGAAUUUGCCAAAAUAGUACAUAAUUGUUGGCCAAAUCUUACACGUAAAGUUGAUCAGAGCUUUUUGUGUUCAGGAUGUGUAUCGAGCCGUAUUCCGGUUAAAAAGAGUUUUGUAAUACCCGGUGGAAGAUUUCAAGAAUUUUAUUAUUGGGAUAGUUAUUUUGUUAUUGAAGGACUACUUGUUAGUGGACUAUAUGAAAGUGCUAAUGAUAUGAUUCAAAAUUUUUUGGAUUGGAUAAAAACUUAUGGAUUUGUGCCAAAUGGUUCACGAAUAUACUAUUUAAACCGGUCGCAACCUCCACUACUGACUCAAAUGGUGAAAAUUUAUUACGAAGCUACCAAUGAUACCUCACUCCUUCGUAAAGCAUUUCCAUUAUUACUCAAAGAAUAUAAGUUCUGGCGCAAAAAUACUACAAUUCGUGUACAUAAAAACAAUAAACAAUAUGAAUUAAAUCAUUAUAAUGUUUACAAUAUUCAUCCACGCCCGGAAAGUUAUCUUGAUGAUUAUACUGUAGUUGAAAAGAAUUCAUUUAAUUUAACUACGAAACAUGGAUUAUACUCAGAUAUAGCGACGUGUGCGGAAUCAGGAUGGGAUUUCUCAUCAAGAUGGGCAAGAAAUCCUUACAUUCCACCAGUUGACAAUUCGAGUAAUAACUAUAAAAUUCUUAGUACGUUAAAUACUAGAUCUGUAAUUCCGGUUGAGCUAAAUUCAAUUUUAUAUAUGAACGAAAUUACCCUAUCCGAAUUCGCGAAACAGAUUGGUGAUUAUAAGACGAUGGGGACUACAAUAGAGUGGCUAGAGAGUUCGGCAAAAAAGAGACUUGAAGGGAUGAUCGAGUUACUUUGGGAUCAUAAUACCUCAAUGUUUAGAGAUUAUAAUCUUACUAGUGGUGCUAAAUCUAACAUAGUUUCUUUAGCUUCAUAUUUUCCAUUUUGGGCUCAAUCAUUACCAGAAGAUGUCCUCACAGAUUCGAAAAAAAUUCUCAAAUCUUUUUCUUUUGUAUCUGCUCUCUUAUCGAGAUAUGAAGGCUUACCACCAGUCACAUUAAUUCAAACUGGUUUACAAUGGGAUUUCCCGAAUGCCUGGCCUCCACUGAAUCCAGAGUUGUUAAAGAUUGCAUUAGAGACAAGUCAACGUUAUGUUUCUUCUGUAUUGUGCGCUUGGUAUUCAACCGGUGGAUCCAUACCCGGAUUAUUGGUUAAAUUACAAAACGCUACUGAUAUUGGUCAUAUUUUUGAAAAAUACAACGCGCUACAAGUCAGUAAUCCGGGUAGCGGUGGUGAAUAUGAAGUUCAGGUUGGAUUUGGAUGGACAAAUGGCGUUUUAUUAUGGAUAUUGUCAAAUUUUGGGGAUAAGUUGGAAGUUCCAACAUUCGACAAUUUUCGUGACUCUAAUAGUGGAUCUACAUUCGGAAUACCAAGUGCUAUUUGA